GUUCCAGCCACCUUCUUUUCAGGAGACCAAGUGACCAACUGUGGUUGUAGAAGAAAAGGCAAGUGUCCUGUGUCCUGAAGGUUUUAAGGCAUUUGGCAGGCUUUCAUUUCCUCCAAUUUCCCCUAUGUCCAUCCUUGAAUUCUUUAAGACUCCUACAAAGAGUCCCUUCCUCCACCAGCAGAUAUAUCCAGUAUAUUAACUGCCCUUUUUCUAGCUUCCUAUUUCUUGGCCACUCACAGUUUUUACUCAGGGUCUAAUUUUCAUAUCACCAGCUGAGUUUCAUCUAUUUUCUUCUACUUCUGGCCUCUAUUUCCUCAUCUUUGAUUUCUUUGAUUUCUGAUCACUGCAGGAGAGGUUGGGGUGGCAGUUAAUAUAACCUCACCUAAGUAAAAAUUGCAAAAUGGUCAAUUGACAGAGUGUGUAGUGUGUGUGUGCAUGUGUGCAAAGAAAUUAGAAGAAACUAGCCUGACAGUUUCUAUGAACAAGGUACCUUUCUUAAUCUGUCCCCCACUAUGACUUCUCAGCUGGUUUUCUGCAUACACUCUCUUUCUCACUCUAAAGGGAGGUAAAGGGAGCCUUUCAUUCUAUUUGCUUACUUUCCCCCUUGCUUAUAAUAGAUGAAAUCAUAACUUUACCCAACAAUGUGUCAUAAUGAAAAAAUAAAAAUAUUGGGAAUCAGAACACCUAUGUCUGAGCGCCCCUUAGCCAUGUCCUCGCUAUUUAAUUUUGGUCAAUUUAUAUAGCCUCCCUGAGCAUCUGUUUCCUUAUCCAUAAAAUAAUAAAAUCUAGUUAGUGAUUGUGAUCAUUAAAUAAAACAAUGCACUAAAGUACAUUGUAUAGUAUAUGCUCAUGAAAUUCCAGUAUCUUUCUUGCUUUCACUCCACCACCAAUUGCAUGUGAUACUGGACAAGUCGCAUCACUUCUCUGAGCCACACUUUCCUCAUCUACAUCUAUAAAAUGAAAUGGUCAGACAAAUGAUCUCUAAGAAUCCUCUGUGUCUACAAUUCUCUGCAGCCUUGCAUGCAGGCCCAUUUUUUUCUUCAAGCCCCGCCCCUGGGUUCUAGCUAGCUUUCUAGUGCUAGCUACAGGACUCCCAAAGACGCGCCCAAGCUAAGCGUCAGCCUUACAGAAGACAUCCCUUUUUCUUUUUGCAAUUGGUCCUCAGAACCUCCGCCCUCCUCAAUAACUUGCCUAUGGCGGAGCGGGAACCCUCUAGCUCCCGCCCCCUCACUGGUGAUUGGCAUGGGAUCUGGCUCGUCCCCGCCCUCAAUUGACUGACAUCUCGGCCUCGGCACCGCCCUCAGUCCCCAGGCGCUCCCUGACUGGGGUGGCGGGGACCGUUAGCUGGCCAGGCUGGCAGGCUGCAGGCCGCUACUCCACUGGCAGCCGGGAUGGAGACGAUGCGAGCACAGCGGCUGCAGCCUGGAGUGGGCACUAGCGGGAGGGGCACUCUUCGAGCGCUGCGGCCCGGAGUGACUGGGGCCGCGGCUGCUGCCGCCACACCCCCAGCGGGCCCCCCGCCGGCCCCACCGCCACCCGCACCGCCCCCGCCGCCGCUGCUCGCGUCAGGGGCCCCGGGGCUGCCCCUGCCCCCCGGCGCCGCCGGCAGCCCGGCUGUGCUGCGGGAGGCUGUGGAGGCCGUGGUAAGGAGCUUCGCCAAGCACACGCAGGGCUAUGGCCGAGUGAAUGUUGUGGAGGCACUUCAGGAAUUCUGGCAGAUGAAGCAGUCCCGUGGGGCUGACUUGAAGAAUGGGGCUUUAGUGGUUUAUGAGAUGGUUCCCUCCAACAGUCCUCCCUAUGUCUGCUAUGUCACCUUGCCUGGGGGAAGUUGCUUUGGGAGUUUCCAGUUUUGCCCCACAAAAGCUGAGGCCCGGAGGAGUGCUGCAAAGAUUGCGCUAAUGAACUCUGUGUUUAAUGAACAUCCUUCCCGAAGAAUCACUGAUGAAUUCAUUGAAAAGAGUGUCUCUGAGGCCCUGGCAUCGUUCAAUGGCAACAAGGAGGAAGCUGACAACCCAAAUACAGGGAUUGGUGCCUUCCGAUUCAUGUUGGAAUCCAACAAGGGCAAGUCAAUGCUGGAGUUCCAGGAGCUAAUGACAGUUUUUCAACUGCUGCACUGGAAUGGUAGCCUUAAGGCCAUGAGGGAAAGACAGUGUUCUCGUCAGGAGGUGUUGGCUCAUUAUUCACACCGGGCCCUGGAUGAUGAUAUUCGCCACCAAAUGGCCUUGGACUGGGUGAGCAGGGAGCAGACUGUACCUGGGGCACUGUCUAGAGAGCUGGCCUCCACCGAGAGAGAGCUGGAUGAAGCCCGACUAGCAGGCAAGGAGCUGCGCUUCCACAAGGAGAAGAAAGAUAUUCUCAUGCUGGCUGCUGGGCAGUUGGGCAAUAUGCAUUCUUCCAACUGCUAGGCAUCCACCCACGUACUCCCCAUCCUCACCAGGCCUUUUUGUAUGUCUCCUUUCUAAGACUUAGGAUGAUUUCUGUACAUAUUUUCUCAAUUUUAUACUUUAAAAUAUAGAUAUAUAUGUAUAAAUUCUACACCUGGAUUCCUAUUUGCUAAGAGAUCCCUUUUUUUACUUCCAGUUUUUAGAUUUAAUUUCAGUUGAAACGUCUUCACUUUACAAGGAGGAGCAAGCUGUUUUUGGAGCUCUACUAGCUCUUAAAAUUCCAGACUAACUCUGUGUAGUCAUUUUAGUAGCACAAUAUGAUU